AUGGCUUCAGAUCGCCUCUCCAACAUCCGCCAAGUCGGUCCGAAUCGUCGCGAAGGCCACUUGCUGUCGCUCAUGAUGUUUACCGACGAAGAUGCGAACUCUCAAAGACAAGUCAAUCCCUUCUUUCUGGAGUUCACCAUGGCGGUGUACAUGGCAUGGCGCGACAUGGAAGAGCGACGGGGUGAGAUCUUGCCGCAUUUGCCAGAGAUGCUCGCAGAGUGUGAUUUUCAUUGGACUUUCGAGGCACGAGACACUCAAAGUUCUCCGCGGCACGCCGUCAAUGAACUCUUGGAUGCUUCGGAGAGUCUAUGGGAGCUCUUCGAUCAUCAGUGUCAGCACGAACAAGACUGUGACAACGACAACAGCAGUCUACUACAAGAGCAACCGCGGCAUCCCGCUCCGUUUGCCGUGGCGGGCAACUUGUUUUCGUCCGUCACCAACCAAGUCGCCAUUCUGGCCGCGGCUCUGGAGAUUCCACAAAUUAGCGGCACUUCGACAUCGAUGGAUCUCGAAGGAACCGACUUGUUUGCCCGUACGAUCCCGACCAAUGCACAGGAUGCCCGAGCCGUCAUGACCUAUUACCACUCGUUACAAGUACAACGCGUUGCCACAGUGUUUAUCAAUGAACCCUACGGAGUCCAAUACAACAAGGCAUUGAAUGAAGAAGCACGACGAUUAGGGAUUUCCCUCGUGUCGUUUCCAUUGGAACGAGACAAUAUUGAUCAGGGCAUGCAGUUCCUAAAAGAAUCGCAGGCACGCUAUGUCUUUGCCAUUGUCCUGGAAGGAGAUUGGCAAAUGGUCAUUCAAUCCGCAUUCCAUCAUCAAGUCAUGGGCAACCCAGACUAUGCCUGGCUCGUUCCUGAUCUCACAUAUCUACUCAGUCCUUCGUUUGGAUUGGACCGAGACACCCAAUCCGACAUUGCACUGGCCAUGCACGGAAUGGGAAUGAUCAAUCUACAAAUGCAGUCCAGUUAUCAGCAUACAUUUGACAAGCAACUUUUGCAGCUAGUCCAAAACGACACGGCCUUUCAAGAGUUUGUCAGUCACACCGCGUAUCCAGAACUCUUUGCCAAUUACACGCCCGCCCCCGAAGUGGCACCCUUUCUCUACCAUCAUUUGGUCUAUGACAGCGUCAUUGCAUUGGGAUUGACUGCGUGUGACACUCCGGGACAAUUUUCCGGGACAGAGCUCUAUGAACAAUUGUUGCAAACACGAUUUGAAGGAGUUUCCGGUUUUGUUUCAUUCGACGCACACACGGGAACGCGAGAUGCUGUUUCGACACAAUAUCGCAUCGACAAUCUGCUACUUUCGGAUUAUAGAUCGACCGCAACAGAAAUCAAGAUUGAUGUCGCCGAGGCCGUCUGGAUUCGAGGGGAUGAAAUCUACACCAACCUAAUCCCAUUUGUCUAUGCCAACAAUUCGACCAUUCCGCCUCCGUCUCUUCCUCCCGUCGAAGGUUAUGACCCAAAUUUAAUGCCCACUGGAGUUGUGGCAUUUGGGUAUUGUCUCGGUGCCAUGAUGAUCUUUCUGGCAGCCAUGUCCGCUUGCUGGACGGCGGACCGAUGGAGAUCCUUUGUGGUACAAGCGGCACAGCCCGUGUUUCUGCUCCAAUUGUGUCUGGGAGUGGCCCUCAUGGGUGCUGCCAUUUUCCCACUGGGGAUGCAGGGUGAAGAAUCCACGCCGCAGCUCGACAUGGCAUGCAUGUCAGUCCCGUGGUUGCUAUUCUUGGGAUUUGUCUUUGCACUCGCGGCAUUGAUGAGUAAGACAUGGAGAGUCAGCCGAAUCAUGGGGGAAGAACGACGGGCGUUGAAACAACUGGCAGUAUCUACCAAGGAUGUCAUGGCUCCCCUGUUCAUCCUACUCCCGUUCAAUAUUGCAAUGCUCGUGGGAUGGACUCUGGUAUCACCCUAUCAGUACACGAGAAUACCCAUUGAAAGCUAUGACGAAUAUGGAAGAAACCUUGCGUCGUUUGGGACCUGCCAGUGCACCAACAACUGGGUCUGGCUGUUUGCCAGCUUGAUGUGUUUUGCCAAUGGGCUGGGGGUGCUAUUUGUGGCAGUCCAAUGCUACAAAACACGGCAUGUAUCCCUCUUCUUUUCCGAGACGUACUACUUGGCAUUGAGUUUGGCCAGCUUGACAGAGACAGGCCUACUGGGUGGUCCAUUGAUCUUUUUGGUCAUGAAUCAACCAUCUGCAUUCUACUUGCUGUCAACGGCGUUGAUCUGCAUUGUCUGCUUGUCCUUUCUCAUUCCCAUCUUUGGAUUCAAGUUUAGCAAUGCUGACUCGCUCUACGAGGAUGCGAAACGAGACGGGGAAUUGCGAGACGCACAACGAAGCUCGAGGCACACGGGGUCUAGGCACACGGGGGAACCGUAUUCUGAACUGGAUCACAUUGAAGUUCCCGGCCAUAUGCAGGUUCGGAGAAUUAAGACCUUCCAAAACCAAAACGACGAUGACAGCCUCGAUGGGUGCUCUUUCAAAUCUGGGCGAUCAUUCAAAUCUCACAAGAGCGAAAAGACUGCAAAUUCCUUCGCUGUCAGAUCCAUCCACACCGUGUCAUCAAAAGUGUCAAGAACCUUCUCCAAAAGACUCUCUGGGUUGAGUGGGUUAAGUGAUCGAAGAAGACGAAGCUCGAGAAACAGUUCCGCGCGUUUGUCUGCCAAAUCGACCCACAGCCUACCACAUCUUCCUAAAGUCAGCGAGCUGUCGAGAGCGUCUGAGGCACACGACAAGAGCUCUCGUCCAAUAAGCAUGUCUUUGACCGAGCUGCGGCGACCUACGAGCAUGACACAAAGCCAGACCCUUCCUUCAACCAACGUUUCCUUCGCCACGUUGCGGCCAAUGGAAAUCAGCGAGGACUUUACGGAUGAAGGCGGCCAUGAUGACGACGAUGGCGACAACCUCGGGCGACAAAGUUUCUCUCUCGCCUACUUGAAAGCGACUGAGAAGGAGGAUCUUCCUCCCAUGAGCGUUUCAUUUGCCACUCUCCAGGAUGCGUCAAUGUUGAGCGAGGCGUUCACAGAGAAUAGUGCUCACCUUGAAGACGACGACAUCGACGACGAGCCCACACGACCAAGUUUCUCGCUCGCUUCCUCCAUGAAGCGGCCACCUUUCAGCGUUUCAAUUGCUCACCAUCUUCCUCCGAUGUUGUUGAGCGAAGAGUUCUCAGACAAUAGUUGA